CUUUCCUCUCCAAACCAACACCAAUUCACCUUGACUCUCCCCGCCCUUUGGGUGACGGAGUAGUGCCUGCGUACAUACAUACACUACACACCACUAUCGAGUCUCUCGUCCACCCAAGGUCUAAACCUACAAUGUCCUACACCUCUUCCUUCCUCUUCGCCAAACCGACUCCUCCACCCGUGCGCCCUCAGCGUCGCUCCCCCUUCGCGACCAAAUCCUCGCUCCAUCUCCAUCUCUGUCUCGUUUCCGGCGAGAAGUAUGAACACGAAAGCAGCGCCAAGCAGCCCGAUCUGCGCCGGUGCCUCGGCCAUGCCCGCGUCCAUGAGAAGUCCAUGGAGCUCGUCAAGCGGGACAUCCAGGUCCACAUCCGCUCCAUGGGCAGCGACAGCGACGAUGACCUCGACAACGACCUGCCCGUCCCAUCCCGGCGCUCCCGCCGCGGCUCCAAGCCCUUGUCCGCGGCUCCUGCCCCGGUGAAGUCGGCAGCUGUCAAGUCGACCGCCGUGAAGACCCCGUCCAUCAAAUGGGCCCCGGAGCCCACCGAGAAGAAGAGCCUCCUCGACAAGGGCCGCCGGUGCAUGGAGAAGAUUUUCUCCCGCCGGAGUGGCAGUGUGCACUGGUCUCAAUCCGGAGUGCCUGUUGUCGCUUGUUAAACUCAAACCUAUUCUUCACUCAAUCUCGACCACGUCUCAUCGCGCUUGAUCAACUCAAUAUUUCUAUCAAAACAACCACCCAUCACGGUCCUCACCAGACCCAGGGAACCACGCCGUGUCCGGUGUCUCUCCACCUGCGACUCCAUCGGCAAUUCGUCUGCUCCAAUCCAGACCGACUCCUCCACAGGAUCACUCAUACU